AUGUUUCGAUUUGUUCGAAGCAUGUCAAGUCAACUCUCUUCCAUCAAGUUAGACGACAAAGAGUCUCAGAUUUGCUCUCUGCUGAAGUAUUUCUGUAACCAUUAUAACACCAAACUGAGAAAACCCAAUGAACCGGAUUUGCAGCUGAGAAUUACUGGUGGUUGGGUGAGAGAUAAGCUGCUGGGGAGGUCUUCUCAUGAUAUUGACAUCGCCAUCAAUACCCUGAGUGGCGAGUCAUUUGCUGAGAAGUUGGUCUCUUUUAUCAAAGAGAAUCACAAAGACGAAAUUGAAUCAAUACUAAGUUCGUCUAUCCACAAAAUCAACAAGAAUCCAGACAAAUCCAAGCAUUUAGAAACUUGCACAACGAAACUAUACGGCAUUGACAUUGAUUUUGUCAACUUGCGGAAUGAAAAGUACACAGAGGAGAGCCGUAUACCCACCAUUGAUUAUGGUACCCCUCAGGAGGACGCUUUACGUCGAGAUGCUACACUGAACGCAUUGUUCUACAAUCUUACGACAGAUCAGAUUGAGGAUUUUACUGAGAAGGGAUUAAUCGACUUGAAACAGGGAGUUCUGCGCACUCCAUUAGAACCUUCCAAAACGUUUUUAGAUGAUCCCUUGCGUUGUUUACGGUUGAUCAGAUUUGCCUCUGUUUUUGGAUUUUCUGUCUCCGAAGAUGCCCUGCAGGCAAUGAAACAACCCAAGAUUAAAGAGGCCUUGAAUGCAAAAAUCAGUCGUGAAAGAAUAGGCGUAGAAAUCGACAAGAUUCUCGUCAGUAAGGAUCCCAUCCGUGGAUUGAAGAUCUUGAGGGAUACCAAUCUUCUUGAUGCUAUCUUCAACUUUGGGGAUUUGCAAGAUGCGGUCUAUGAACUUAAUCCAAAGGUCAGAGAGCGCUUAAAUCAAGUAUUUACUAUAUACUUACCAGAAUCUGCCUCCAAAAUAUCAAGUUUACCCCAAUUGAUCCAACAGUUUCCAGACGAUUUGAAAUCCGUUUACUCACAGCUGGAUCUUCGUGUGCUUUAUUUGAACCUACUGCUUUACCCCUUUGCUCAGUUAAGACUCAAAUUCUCCACAAAACCCACAAAGAAUACUAGAUAUGCCACCGAAAUGAUAGUAAGAGACGGUUUAAAAUACUCAAGCAAGGACUCCGAUACCGUCUCCCUAAUAGUUGACAACUACCAAGAGUUUCAGCAUCUAGUACAGAGAGAUGUGAGUACACUGCCACGAUCCGUUUUGGGAAUGGCCAUACGGAAAUACAACGGCCAAUGGGAAUUAAACCUGAUCAUCUGUCUUUUGCUCAGCAUUUUUGAGGGAGCUGACAGUAACGCCAUUGAAAAGUAUCAUUCCACAUAUCAACACAUCAAAAAUCAGGAUCUGUCCCAGGUUCACUCUUUAAGACCUCUCGUGGACGGCAAAACACUUUGCAAAGAACUAGGCAAGAAACCCGGCCCAUGGAUGAAGCCUUUGAUGGACAAGUUGCUAGUAUGGCAAUUAGACCAUCCUACAGAAGACUCCGCUUCUUACAUUUCCCGAGCCAAAACAGUUCUAGACGAGACUUUAUGA